ACAUAACCCCAGUCGCCUCUCAGUGGGGGCCGAGAUCGCACCCAGUCCGCGUUCGACUCCCGCCCGAACCACACGCGCUUCCACAAAAAAUACAAAAAAAAAAAUGAAAAUCGAAUAAAAACACAAUACACUCACACAAAAUAACGUUCACCCACAAACAAAUAAACACAAUUCGCGUAAAAAGUAAAAUGAAAGUGAAAUCCUGGGAGCAGUGACCGCAUCAACAUGUUAAGCGAAAACAGAUGGAAAGUGAUUAUGCUAGCGGCCGCGUCUUUCGUAGCCGCCGAGCCGAGUCGGGCGCUAAGCGUUUACCAGAAACCGAUGGCCUUCCCUAUGUUCAUACCCAGGAAUUACAGACGCAAGUUCAAAUCGAGAGUGAUGUUCUUAGAUGAGGACGAAAACAAUCAACCAUUGGGACGGGGCGAGAUCGACUUGACAGAGAAGACGCAUACAAAAAUUAAAUUUGACGAUACAUCUGACUAUGAGUUCACUUCCCCGGAGAAGACUGAAGAACCAUUCAAAGAGGAACAUCCGUCUGGCAAUGACAGAUAUUACGAUUUGCCUCGUCUCCGGCCGUUCGCGUAUCCAAAAUUUUAUCAAGGUAGAUUCAGUAGGCCAUACGCUCCCAGUUUUGGUUUCGAUCCUUACCAAGUCCCCUACGCUCCACCAAGGACCGGUUUUUAUGGACCAAACGUGCCGAACGUUCCCAACGUGGGCUGGAAGGCGCGAAGUCCUCGGGUAGUGUUCCCUUAUUCCCCAGACAGUGGCAGCGGUAACUCGGUGCAAACAAAUUCCCACGGGGGCGGCGGUUCAAAUUUCAAUGACAAUGUUGUGUUUCGUGAUCAAAAUUUCGGUAAUGAAAUUGGUACAGAGGACCAGGGCUUGCAGGAUAUCAGUAGUGCCACCGACGCUUUCUCAGAGAGAGAUGCCAACGAACCACAUCGAGCUCGAUACAACGAAAUAAAAAGAAUGGGAUUAAAUAAAAAAAAACACGAAUCGAAUUAUAUAAAACCUAUGUUCAUACAAACUGAAAUGAAAUUAAAACGAAAUUUCUACGUGUAUCCGAACGCGUCCUACGAAUCAGUGCUGCCAGAAUUUAAACCGAUAUCUGACGCGCAGAUGAAAAAAAUUAACGACAUUAUAAAUGAAUUAAGAAGUACAAAUAAAGUACAAGUCCAUAGUACAAAUGAUAAGAGGAAAGGGAGAAUAUUAGAUAAUGUGCCAGAAGCUUCUGAUCUUCUAACAGAGAAUGCAAAGAAAGAUGACGCACAGUUAGAUAAAAACUGUUCCCAAGGCGGGACAUGUGAGUUUUUCUUCUACUGCUGGAUGGUUGGUGGCCUUCUAGAUGGUUCUUGUGGAAGCUUGCUAAAGAGUUGUUGCCACAGAGUAGGCAGAGCCGGUUUACUCGGUGUUCAAGAUUCGAACAGUAUAGAGUACUCACCGAACGAAGGACACAGUUUUGGUCCAGUUAUAAAUGAUGAAAGUUGCGGUGUAGCUGUUGGUAAGCAAACAGCUCAAAGGAGAAUUGUCGGUGGUGAUGACGCAGGAUUCGGAACAUUCCCCUGGCAAGCCUACAUCCGCAUCGGAUCAUCAAGAUGCAACAUGCUUAUGUCAAUAUUCGAGCUUAUCGGUUGGAAGCAGUGUUGGAUAGAGAGAUGCGGUGGCUCCCUAAUAUCAAGGCGGCACGUGGUCACGGCGGGUCAUUGCGUUGCGCGCGCGCAGCCUCGUCACGUGCGCGUCACGCUCGGCGACUACGUUAUCAAUUCAGCCGCUGAGCCUCUUCCAGCUUACACAUUCGGAGUGCGAUCUAUUAAGGUCCACCCACUGUUUAAAUUUACACCACAAGCGGACAGAUUCGAUGUAGCCGUACUCACUCUUGACAGAAACGUUCAUUACAUGCCUCAUAUUGCUCCAAUUUGCCUCCCAGAGCGUGGGUCAGACUUCCUAGGACAGUAUGGCUGGGCGGCUGGGUGGGGUGCCCUCAGCCCCGGCUCGAGGCUGCGCCCCCGCACCUUACAGGCCGUGGACGUGCCCGUGCUAGAUAAUAGAGUAUGUGAGAGGUGGCAUCGAGCAAAUGGUAUAAAUGUAGUUAUAUACCCGGAGAUGCUCUGCGCAGGGUACCGUGGCGGGGGUAAGGACAGCUGUCAAGGUGACAGCGGAGGCCCGCUCAUGUUGGAGCGCGCUGGUAGGUGGUACCUCAUCGGCGUUGUAUCCGCUGGGUACUCUUGUGCUAGUCGAGGCCAGCCCGGCAUCUACCACAGAGUAGCCCACACAGUCGACUGGAUAUCACACGCUACUACGCUCGCGUAGCGAAAGAACUUAAAAUUUAGUAGGAAUUUAUGGUUUCUACCGU